GUCUGCCGCUCUCUUCCUGGAGUUGCGAUAGCUUCAAUCCGCUCUGCACUCGUCUAUAUUUAUCGGGUCUCCACGCCAUAAAAGGACGUAACUGCGGUUUGGCUAUUCCAUAGAGUGCCAAUAUUAUUUUUGUUGUGUAGACGGCUGCCCUGUCCUCUGCUACCGCACCUACCUGCGGCGUUGCCUGGAUAUCAAGCUUCGUUGACUUACACCUGGAGUUGGAUCACUUUUUCCUUUGCUUGCAGCAGUUGGUGGUUUUUGGGCCUAGACACUAGCUAGGCAGACUACAAGAGACUGAGAAUUCAGUGCUCGUGCCAGGAACACCGUGCAGGAUGUCUGGAUCCAUACCUUUCUACCAGAAACAGCACCGCCACUAUGACCGUUGCUACCGCAGCAAGGAGGUGGAGUCGGCUGUUAGCCAGUACCAGUCGAGCAGCAGCAGCUAUGCCACCCGCAGCAGAGCCAGUGCCAGUCUCAGUGCCAGCAGGGGACUUAGUGCAUCGUACUCUGGGCUGGAGGAGAGCAGACUGAGCCCAAUCCCCAAGAGAGCCAAGCCCACCUACCUGGCUAUGGACAAAGAGAACCAGAUCAUCGGCUAUGUAGUGCCCAUCUUCAGGGGCAGUCAGGAGUAUGCCAGUGGGCUUUCAGAUACGGAGGAGGCCCGGAUGAAGGAGAGUGCUGGAUACAUGGCCCGGAGGAAUCUGUUCACCAGUGGGUUAGAGAUGGAGAGGACGGAGCAGACGUCUAGGAAGGUGUCCACGCGCCAAUCAGCCGAGCACAUCUCCCUGAGCAAGCGGAUCUAUGAGAACGAGGAGUACCACAAGUGUAUGAAUGAGGAUAGCCUGAUGCAUGCCCCGGAGUUUGUGAUUAAGCCUCGCUCCCACACGGUGUGGGAGAAGCAGUGUGUCAGGCUGCACUGCACCGUCUCUGGAUGGCCUGACCCACGCGUUGUCUGGUACAAAAACAAUGUGACAAUCGAUCCAAUGGCCCGCCCCGGCAAGUAUAAGCUACAAAGCAGCUACAACGUGCAUUCACUCGAGAUCGACAGAUGUGAUUUUGAUGAUACUGCACAGUAUCGUGUUUCUGCCAUGAACAGCAGGGGAGAACUCUCUACCUUUGCCUCUGUCGUUGUUAAGAGAUUCAAAGGAGAGGUAGAGGAGGCUCUCCCCAUGCCCAGACAUGGCAUCGUCUCUGAGUAUGGCAUCACCUUCGAGACCCACAUCGUGGACGGGUUUGGCGUAUCAUUCGGACGGGAGGGCGAGACCAUGAGCCUGGGUGCCAUGGUCAUCAUUUCCCCCAACCUGGCACGUUACCAGCCCGAGGUGCAGUGGUACAGAGACGAUGUUCUUCUGCAGCCCUCCAAGUGGUGUCAGAUGCACUGGAGUGGAGACAAGGCCACGCUGACCCUGACACACCUGAACAAGGAGGACGAGGGGCUCUACACCCUGCGCAUUACCACCAAGACUAAAUAUGAGACAUAUUCUGCUUACGUCUUUGUCAGAGAUGCCGAUGCGGAGGUGGAGGGAGCCCCUGGUGCCCCACUGGAUGUGACGUGUCAAGACGCCAAUAAGGAUUACGUCAUCGUGACCUGGAAGCAGCCGGCUGUGGACGGUGGCAACUCCAUCCUGGGCUACUUUGUGGACAGGUGUGAGGUUGGUACCACACACUGGAGCCAGUGUAAUGACACCCCCAUUAAGUUUGCCCGUUUCCCCGUGACGGGGUUGGUGGAGGGGCGCUCCUACACCUUCCGCGUGCGUGCCGUCAACAAGUCUGGCAUGAGUCGGCCAUCCCGCACCUCUGAGGUGGUGGCAGCUAUGGAUCCUGCCGACCGCACGCGUAUGAGAGGUACCUCUGCACCCUGGACCGGCCAGAUCAUUGUCACUGAGGAGGAGCCUGCAGAGGGUGUAGUCCCUGGCAGACCCAAAGAACUGGAGGUCACUGAGGCCACCAAGAACUAUGUGGUUCUGAGCUGGAAACCCCCUGGAGAGCGAGGCCACGAGGGCAUCAUGUACUAUGUGGAGAAGUGUGUGUCUGGUACAGACAGCUGGCAGAGGGUGAACACCGAGAUCCCGGUGAAGUCUCCUCGCUACGCCCUGUUUGACCUGGCUGAAGGGAAGGCCUACAGAUUCCGUGUGCGCUGCUGCAACUCCGCUGGUGUGGGCGAGCCUUCAGAGGCCACCGAGGCCACCACUGUCGGGGACAAGCUGGAUAUCCCAUCUGCCCCAGGCCAUGUAGUUCCCACCAGGAACACUGACACGUCCGUGGUGGUGUCCUGGGAGGCUUCCAGGAAUGCAAAGGAGCUGGUGGGAUACUACAUCGAGGCCAGCAUCGUGGGCAGCAACACGUUUGAACCCUGCAACAACAAGCCUGUCAAAGCCACCAGGUUUGUCUGCCACGGUCUGGUGACAGGAGAGAGCUACGUGUUCAGAGUGAAGGCACUGAACGCCGCUGGGCUCAGCGAGUGUUCUCAGGAGUCUGAGGCUAUCAAGGUGAAGGCUGCUAUUGCGUCCCCUACUCCACCCUAUGGCAUCAGCGUUCUGGAGUGCGUGCGGGACUCUAUGGUGUUGGCCUGGAAGCAGCCCACCUUCAUCGGAGGUGCUGACAUCACCGGCUACUUCGUGGACUACCGUGAGGUCAUCAAUGGGGUGCCAGGGAAGUGGCACGAGGCCAAUGUCAAAGCUGUUAGCGACCGAGCCUACCGAGUGUCCGACUUGAAGGAGAACAGGAAGUACCAGUUCCAAGUGCGCGCUGCCAACAUGGCAGGUGUGGGUAUCCCGUCUCUGCCCAGUGAGACGUUUAUCUGUGAGGAGUGGACCAUUGCUGUGCCAGGACCUCCCCAUGAUCUGCAGGUGACAGAAGUGCGCGCCAACACUCUGGUGUUGCUCUUUAAGCCACCAGUGUACCAGGGCCGUGACCCAGUCAACGGAUUCUACGUUGACAUUAAGGAGGCUGAUGCUGAGGAGGAGGCCUGGAGAGGAGUCAAUGAGAAGGCUAUCUCCACCAACUACAUGAAGAUUAAGAUUCUAAAGGAGGGGGAGACCUAUGUGUUCCGUGUGCGUGCUCAGAAUAAGGCAGGUGUCGGCAAGGCCUCUGAGCCCACAGAACCAGUCCUGGCUGAAACCAAACCAGGCACUACGGAGAUUGUUGUGGACAUUGAUGAUGAUGGCGUGAUCUCCAUGAACUUUGCCUGCUCAAACCUGACUCCAGACUCCAAAUUCGUGUGGUCCAAGAACUACAAAGAGAUCACUGACGAAACCCGCAUUACUGUGGCAACCAGUGGGGAGAAGUCCAAGGCCAUCUUUAACAUGCCUGCUGAGGAUGACAUCGGCAUUUACUCUUGUGCCGUCACCAAUGGCGAAUCCUCCAGCUACACCCUCUCAGCGGAGGAGUUGAAAAAACUGCUGGAGAUCAGCCAUGACCACAAAUUCCCCAUUAUUCCCUUGAAGACCGAGCUGGCUGUGGAGCUGCAGGAGAAGGGCAGAGUUCGCUUCUGGCUGCAGGCUGAGAAGAUCUCUGCUAAUGGCAAAAUAGAAUAUGUGUUUAACGACAACACUCUCUCCCAGGGAGAGAAAUACAAGAUGAACUUUAACAAGGACACAGGUGUGAUUGAGAUGAUCAUGGAGUCUCUGCUCCAAGGGGACGAGGGAACCUUCACCUUCCAGCUGCAGGACGGAAAAGCCACAAACCAGUCCAGCCUGGUGCUGAUUGGAGAAGUGUUCAAAGGACUGCAGAAGGAGUCUGAGUUCAUGUGCAAAGAGUGGCACAGAAAGCAAGGCCCUCAUUUUGUUGAGUACUUGAGUUAUGAAGUGACCCCAGAAUGCUGCGUUUUCCUGAAGUGCAAGGUUGGAAACAUAAAGAAGGAGACGGUUGCAUUGUGGUACAAGGAUGGGCGUGAGGUCAAGGGAGACGGGAAUCUCACCUUCACAGAGGGAGUUCUCAACCUGGAGAUUGCUCAGAUCUCAAAGAAGGAUGCCGGUGUCUAUGAGAUUGUUAUGAAGGAUGACAGAGGGAAGGACACUUCUACGUUGAAUCUGACAGAACAAGGUUUCAGAGACUUGAUGAAUGAAAUGUUCAGUCAUAUCGCCAACUCCUCCACCGCACUGAAGAUCCAGAGCACAGAGGAGGGCAUCAGAUUGUACUCCUUUGUCAGCUACUACAACGAAGCGCUCCAGGUCACCUGGCACCACAAGGAUUCAGCGAUAGCCUUCACAGACCGCAUUAAGAGUGGUGUGGUAGGAGAGCAGCUGUGGCUACAGAUCAUAGAACCCACAGAGAAAGACAAGGGCAAAUAUGCCAUUGAGUUCCACGAUGGAAAGGGCGGUCUGAAGAGGACUGUGGAGUUGGCCGGCCAGGCAUUUGAUGACGCAUAUGCUGAGUUCCAGAGGCUCAAAGCGGCCGCUAUUGCAGAGAGAAAUCGUGCUCGUGUGGCGGGAGGCCUGCCUGAUGUUGUCACCAUACAGGAGCUCAAGGCCCUGAACCUGACCUGUAACAUUUCAGGCGACCCCGUGCCUGAGGUCGUCUGGCUGAAGAACGAGAGGGAGAUAGUGUCGGACGACCACUACAUCAUGAAGUUCGAGUCGGGCAAGUACGCCAGCUUCACCAUCACCACGGUGAACACGACAGACUCGGGAAAGUACAGCAUCCUGGUGAAGAACAAGUACGGCACAGAGAGCGCAGACUUCACCAUAAGUGUCUUCAGCCCCGACAGCAAGAAAUAAGGGAGAAAGAAAGAAGGCCGGCAAGAAUUAAGGGAGACUUCAAUCUUUGCGUAAAUAUCAUGUAUAAAUAACAGAUUGAGUCCUGAGCAUUGGUUUGAGAUGGUUUUUAUGGUACUAUACAAAGUAUUUAACUCCAGUUUGAAAAGGUGUAUUGUUUUACUCUGAGCAUGAAAUGUCCAAAGGUUCAGAGAGAAAUCAGAGAAGAGCUGUUUCAGCAUUUUCUUUCAGAAUUACAAAAAAUAUAUAUAUACUAUACUAACGGUCCAAUCGUCCUUUAUCUUGACACAACUAUGUGUUUAGUUAUACAUUCAUAUCAUUUUCCCCAUGUAUUAUAAUUAAGGCUGUCAAUCAGCUAACUCGAGUUAAUGUUUUGUCAUUUAAGUGCACACAUUUCUUUUUCACAACUAAUAGCAUUGUCUGAAAGCGUUCAAAAUACACUGAAAACAUCCCAAAUACAUCACCUAUUCAGCUAAAAACAAUGCGAUGUCAAAACAAGUUGACAUUUAGGUUAAAGAAAGUGUGCUUAAUUCAUCUACUUUAUUUUGAAUACUGUUACUUUGGACAAAAUCAAAGACAAAAUCGUAAAAUACAGCUCAAUUUGAGCAAAUUCAGAAUUUGUGAUUAAUCACAGCAAAUCCUGGAAUUAACUCGAUUACAUUUUUUCGUCAUUUGACAGUCCUAAUUACAAUAUCCCACUAGGCACACACUGGUUGAAUUAAUGUUUCCACACCAUUUCAAUGAAAUUAAGAUGAACCAACAUGGAAAAGACAUUAAAUUGACGUCUGUGCCCAGGGGGAUGUUGCUAUAGCUAAAAAAAAUAUGAAUUUAAGUACUUAAAAGGCACGUAGACAGUUUGUGUGAAUUCAAAUUACUCAGUAGUUAUUACAUCACUCCUCCUGUCACUGUAGUGAUUUACUCCACCUCUUUGAAUUAUGACACCACGCCUUCUGAUUAUGACAUCACUUCCCCUGACACGUAGUAGUGAUUAUGAAUUAACUUCCUCUGUCCCAUCUCACGAGAAGGGCUAAUAAAAUGGAGCAUGUAUUUCCUCACCA